AUGGCCUGUGCAGUUGGUGCCACUGUUGAUCUGAGUGGGAAGCCCAUGAACACUUUGAAGUAUGUCGACGGCAUAUUCAGUGCAGUAUCGUCGGACCCCGUGUUGGUGAUAGACCUGGCUUCCCAUUCACAGAGUUUUCUGAUGCAGAACAAGGACAAGAGCGUCAUGAAAGUGAAUUUGAAGCUUCCGACCACGCUGUUGAAGAGGCCCGUGUAUGGGUUCGCCAAGCUAAUAGAUAUAACGCUGGAUGACGAGCGGAAGGCCCUGCUGUUGGACCUGAUACGACAUACAAAGACAGUGGUAUUCUUUGAUAAUGUGUCCAGCUUUCACCGGUGUCUGAUGACCACCUACUACUUUAUCGAGAAGUUCAUCAGCUAUGUAGACAACAGCCUCGGUACGGAGAUGGUAUACGUGCUGUCGCCGUCCGACGAGGUUAACUCCAUUAAGUUCUCCCCAGUAGAGACUACCUCAAAGAAAAGACGGUUGAACUUAAAACUCGAGAUACCGAAGAAAGACGUGUUUGUAAGCAGCUUCAAAAAAAACAGCGAUACGACAUUAUACACUCCUAAUUCGCUAAAGACUUACUUCCAGUUUCGGAUCCCGGAGAUGGCCUCUAAGGAAUGCUUACCACAGUGGCUGAAGUUCUACUCGGAUGCUAAGAACAAAGAUACUGUCUUAACGAAAAUAUACGACAACUUCAAAUUACUAGAAGUCUUAGAAACGAAACGACUGGAAAGAUGUUUGAAUUACAACAAUAACUCCUCGACAUCAUUAGAUAGCGAUAACUCGCAAAGAGCAGGCUCUUCAAAAAUAUAUUCCCUUUCACACUUGCAAAAACAAUACAAACACUCAAAAAGGAAAAAGCAAGCCAAGGACUUGAAGAUAACAAUUCCGACUGACGUCAAUUCCUCGAAAUCGACUCUGCAUUCGUGCACUUCCACAUCAUCAUUUGAUACCGAUAGCGAUAUACUUGAUACCCCAGCGAACAAUUAUGAGAUAAGUAAGGGAAUUCAAUCCUUACAUAGAAACAGAUAUUCUAACAUCCUACCUUAUGAACAUACAAGAGUCAAAUUAGAACCAUCCCCAGUGUCAACCAGCCCCAUGGAGUUUUCAUUGAGUCCCAAACGUAUGGAUCAAGAAGGCGCUGAUCAACAGUUGAUAACAAAUUACAAUCCAUAUUUUGAAAGUGAAGUCCCAAUAUGCCCAACUAUUCCAGGAUCUUCGAAGUACAAUAAUAAACAAUUCAAUGAUUAUUUCAAUGCAAGUUACUUGAACUUGCCUCAGAUAAAUCCCGAUUUCCAUUAUAUCGCUACUCAAGCCCCCUUGCCCUCAACUGUAGAUGACUUUUGGAAAGUUGUGAUGACUUCUAAAGUGAAAAUUAUUAUUUCUUUGAAUUCAGAUGAUGAAUUGAAUAUGAAAAAAUGGGAUAUUUAUUGGAACAGCCAAACAUGUCACAAGUACAUCAUUAAUAUUACUGAUAUAAUAGAUAAUGUAUGUGGCUUAGAUGGAUGCGUUCUUAGGGUCUUUAACAUAAAAAAAAAUAACGACAAAGAGACUAAACAAUGGACUGUUUACCAGAUACAAUAUAAAGGUUGGUUAGACUCAUGUGGUGUAGGGAUGAAGCAAAUUCUAACACUUCAUAAAAUUAAGGCAAUGCUCUCUAUAGAUCCUAUCAGAUUGGUGGAUGAAUUAAGAAAAGGUACUUAUGAUGACUCACAUUAUUUUGAGUUUGUUAGCAUAGUUGAUGAAGAAAUCAUGGAAAAAUUGAAAUGUACUCCAGUUCUGGUACAUUGUUCGGCAGGAUGUGGUCGAACUGGUGUUUUCAUUACUUUAGAUUUCCUACUUAACAUAUUGUGUGAGAGGACUAAUAAGUCAAAUAAAAUUGAUGUUUGGAAUGCUAGUCAGGAUCUCAUUUUUAUAAUUGUCAAUGAGCUCAGAAGGCAGAGAGUUUCAAUGGUUCAAAAUUUGACCCAGUAUAUAACAUGUUACCAAGCUUUACUAGAGUUUUUCUCUUAUAGAGAUCAAAAACUAAAAUCUUGCUUGCAUUGUAACUAG